AAUUUAACAAUUUUAUAAAAAAAAAGAAUUCUGGAAAUAAAAAUUUAAUUGAAAAAAAAGGAAUUUUUACGUGAAAUGAUUUCAUGUGUUUUUAGAAUUUGUAUUUUGAUAUUUUUGCUGAAUGGACAAAUUGUUUUGGCAGCAAUUAAUAAUGAUGAAGUGGCAAAAAUUUCACGGAAUAAAUAUAUCGAUAAUUUGACUGUUAAUAAUGAUAAUGAAAUUAAUUUAGAAAAAAGUGUUAAAAAUUCUUGGUUCUUGAACGUACCACUAUUACCGAUUGUUGUCGCAACUUCAGAGUCAAUUCCAGAAGGUUCUUGCAAAAAACAAUUGCAUUUGUAUCUUUCGCAUUUGAAUAAUGGAACAUUAUGGGCUACCGAAAUGUUCGAUUCGUCGGCAAAAUAUCCUUACGGAAUUCUAGAAGGAUUAACGCAACAUUUGGGAAUAUUUGACCAGUGCCUUCGAAUUGAUACAAAAGUGCAAAAUUCUGAUAAUUAUCCCGAAUUCGAAGAAAUUCGUGGUAGAUAUUGUCUCGUUGAUAUUGAAUAUCACGAAAAAGAUGAGUCCGUAAAUUUGACAGAAUACAUUGACAUUUGGUUCGAUCCCCAUGGUUCAGCGUGGGAGUCUAUCAAAGAAAAGGGAGACGAUAGACGUUAUAUAAGAUACCGUUUGCAAAUGGCUUUAUGCACACCAGCAAUUUGCUCUCCUGACGAUCUUGUUCAAGCUUUGAACGAACCCUUGGAAAAAUUUGCAGAAAAAUAUAAUCUACAACUGAAUAUCUCUAUAAAUAAGAAACUCUGUCAUUCAACUCUGGAAACUCCGAAAUUAUCAUAUCAAUUUUUCCUCUUCUGUUUCAUCGUUCUUUUUAUGAUCACUCUGGUUGCUAUUUGUUCCAUUUACGAUUACAAAAAUCAAAAUGAAAAAAAUCAAUCACUUCGAGAGGAAAUAUUCCACUGUUUUUCUGCUCGACGAAAUUUGAAAAGUAUUUUUAGUGCCAAUUAUCGGCAUCGUGGAUUUGAUGCUUUACAUAUAUUGAAAUUUGCUUUUUCAACUAUCGCCUCUACCGGACAUCGUCACAUACAAUUUUUACAUGCCUCCAAUGUUACUGGCAAAUUUUUUGAAUCGACUUUAACAUCAGCAUGGUUUACAAUGAUUUUUCACAAUGGUUCCAUUAUUGUGGAUGCAUUUUUUGGUUUCGCUGGACUUGUAUUAAGUUAUCAAUUAUUAGAAUAUUUGGAGCACUCGUCAAAAAAUGUUAAUAUACCUCUUUUAAUUAUAAGGCGAUUUAUUAGAAUGGCUCCACUUUAUAUGUUCAUUACGUAUGCGUAUGCAGCAUUUUUUUAUCAUUUAGGUUCAGGUCCAUAUUGGGAGGAAAGAUUUGGAUUCGACAGGGAUUCUUGUUCGACUUACUGGUGGACAAAUCUACUUUUUAUCAGUAAUUACUACAAUAACAGAAAUACAUGUAUAUUUCAAGCAUGGCAUUUAGCGGUGGAUUUUCAUUGCUAUAUAAUUGGAAUUUUCCUACUAUUGGCAUUUCAAAAAAUGUCACGAAAAAAUGGUUACACAUUUCUAAGUAUUGUUUUAAUGCUCUCGAUUGCAAUACCAUUUUACGUGACCUACAAACAUGACAUCGAUACACAGAUCAAAGGAUUUGGCAAAACCAAAAGAUUUGAAGAUUACAGAUAUUUUACAGAUUACUAUAUAAAAACUCAUAUGCGAUUGCCGGCUUAUUUCGUUGGUAUAAUUAUGGGUGCACUUGUUUAUGAUCACAAAUUCGCAAAGUGGCGACUUUCGAAGGUCUGGUCGCAAAUUUUAUUUCUUUUACAAGUAGUUGUAUUAAGUCUUCUUAUUCAAGAUUUAGCAAUUUUUUUUAUUGAUCCAAACGUGAAACCAAGUCUGUUUCUAAAAAGUCUUUACGCAAGUUUUCAUCGACCAAUUUUUUCAUUUAGUAUGUGCUCUGUCGUUUUACUAUUCACAAUCGGCGAUGGUCUAGAUUUUCAGUAUAAUUUCAUGACACCAACUUGGGUGCAACCACUUUCAAAACUUUCUUACGCAUAUUUCCUCACGCAUUAUAUUUUUCAUUCCUAUGAUGUUGGAACUGCAAGAGCUGCCUUCACAUUUUCCUUCCAUAAUUUCUUCAGAUUUACCGUACUUGAUGGCAUCUACACGUUAAUUUUAUCAUUGUUUCUAGUCGUAUUAAUUGAAAAACCAUUCACAAAUCUAGGAAAUUUAAUAUUUAGAGGGAGAACUGCAGAAAAACCAAUCAAAGAAUCUGAGAUAACGAAGAAAAUGGAUUAAUUCAAAAAAAAAACUUUGUAUGUAUAAAAUAUUUAUAACAAACAUAUUCCUUUUAUCAAGUAUAUUAACUUAAAUUAAGAGAAUAUUUAAAGUAGAUAAUUAGAU